AUGACCCCCAGCAGCCUCGACACACCAGAGCCUGUCCCUCCUGACCUCUCUGGCUGGCCUGGCUGGUCGCGAGGAGACGACAAGUUUGACGACGGCCUCGUCCUCGAGCUUUGUCGGUUGUGGGUUUUCAAAGGGGCGGUGGAGGAGGAGGCAAGAGUGCAGCACCUGGACUCUUGGACCUGGGGAAAAUGGAGCCAGAAGCAUGUCAAGCGCCGGAUGAGGUACCAGAACGCGUGGAUUGGGCAGAAGUUGGAGUCGACUGGACUCGAGCUACCGGGCCCGGUCGUUCGGCUGUGCUUGGCUCACAUCUGGGGCCGUCCCGGCGAGGAGGGCAACAAGGAACUCUGGGGAAGAUCCAGAAACCUCGACUCUUCGCCUCUUGACCACCCAAAACGUCACAAAAACUCCUUCGACCAGACACCAGACAACAGCACACAGCUACACGAGACCAACAUGUCCGGUUCGCAGGAGAAGGUGGCCGUCGAGACGGUCGAGGCCGCCGACUCGGACCGUGGCACCAAGGAGUCUGGCAUCGCCUCGCCGGCCCCUAUCAACCCCGAUGACUUCGGCUUCACGCCGCAGGAACAGAAAAAAAUCAUCCGCCAGAUCGACCGGCGUCUUGUCUUGACGGUCGGCGCCCUGUACUGCAUCAGCUUGAUGGACCGUACCAACCUGGGCGCUGCCAUGAUCGCCGGCAUGGGCACCGAUCUCAAGCUCAUUGGCAACCGCUAUAGCGUCAUCACUCUCGUCUUCUUCGUCACCUAUGUCAUCUUCCAGCCGCCCUCAACUGUCAUCUGCCGCAAGAUCGGACCCAGGUUGCACAUGUCUGUCAUCACGGUUCUCUGGGGCGGUGUCAUGAUUGGCAUGGGUUUCAUCCCAACUUGGGGCGGCAUGACGGCGAUGCGUCUGAUUCUCGGUGUCCUCGAGGCUGGUUUCUUCCCCAGCUGCGUCUAUCUGCUGAGCACCUGGUAUACGAGGUACGAGGUCGGCGUGCGCAACUCGAUCUUCUAUCUCUGCGGUUCGGCCGCGUCUGCCUGCGCGGGUAUCCUGGCCUAUGGCCUCAUGCAAAUGGCUGGCCUGGCUAAUCUCAACGGCUGGCGCUGGAUCUUCAUCAUCGAGGGUAUCCUUACCGUUCUUCUGGGUACCGCUGGCUACUGGCUGCUGGUUGACUUCCCCGAUUCGAAGCGCAAGACCUGGGCUUUCCUGGGUGAGCGCGAGCGUGCUUGGAUCUGCGCCCGCGUGCAACAGGACCGCGGUGAUGUCAAGCCUCAGCCCUUCUCGAUCAUCAAGUAUCUCAGGCCGGCGCUUGACAUCAAGAUCUGGGCGUACGCCAUGAUCUUUUUCAACACCACCACCGUCACCUAUGCCCUCGCUUACUUCAUGCCCAUCAUUCUGCAGUAUAACAUGGGCUUCAGCGUCGGCGCUGCCCAGUGCCUGGUGGCUCCUCCUUAUGUCUUCGGCGGUAUCGUCACCUACCUGACCGGUCUUGCCGGCGACAAGUUCCGCCUUCGUGGUCCCAUCAUCAUCUUCAACUGCAUCCUGGUCCUCAUCGGUCUACCCAUCGUCGGCUGGGCCACCUCGCCCGGUGUCCGCUACUUCGGCAUCUUCCUCAUGACCGCCGGCGGCAACGCCAACGUCCCCGCUGCCAUGUCCUACCAGGCCAACAACAUCCGCGGCCAGUGGAAGCGCGCUCUGUGCUCGGCUACCUUCGUCUCUUUUGGUGGUAUCGGUGGUAUCGCUGGCUCGCUGGUCUUCCGCUCGCAGGACAGCCCGCACUACCGCCCCGGUCUGUAUGCCUGCUUCGCCACGACCGGUCUCAACAUUCUCCUCGUUUGCCUGCUCAGUCUCUACUUCCGCCAUGCCAACGCGAAGGCUGACCGCGGGGAGGUUGAGCUUGAGUGCGAUGGGGAUGAUGACUACGAGCCUGGCUUCCGCUAUACUUAUUAA